AUGUCAGGAAAUAAAGCUGCAAUGACGGCAUAUAAUGCAAUGGAUUAUGUAUUUUUCGAAAAAUUAUCCCAAAGAGGCAAAUCAUUAUAUAUGUUUAGAAGUAUAAUGAGAUUGGCAAAUCAUUGGGAUAAUGAAGCUCAAAAAAAUGAUAUAAGGAAUGAAUGUAGAGCAACAUUUCACAAAAACAAAUACAUUGAAGAUGACGAACUUAUUAAUGAUAAAAUUGAAGAAGCAAGAUCAAGAAUGUUAACAGCACUCCAUUAUAGAAUUCCAUAUGAAAAAAAGAAAUAUAAUAUUCCAAAAUAUGCACUUUCAAUGGCACCUGUAGAUCCAAAAGAUGAUUCCGAUAUUUGUUAA